AUGACAGACAACUUGACAAAAGAACCUAAUGUACUUGAUGCUGAUGCAUCAAAACCUGUGAUUUCCAUAGACAAAUUAGAGAAGAGCAGUUUAGAAUCUAAAAUUAGAACAGAUGCAAGACAAGAAAUUGCAGAAAAGGACAAAAAGAAUGCUGAUAUUAAUCCACAAAAUGGAGAAAACAUUGAUAAAAAUCUCAAGACCUGUGAAAACCCAGAAGCUAUUCUUCAAGAUAUUGAAGACUGGAACAUGGACUGUCAACAGUUGAUGAAAGAAAAUAAAAGAAUUAAGGCAGGACUAAAAAUGCUUUUAGAUGAAAGAGAAAAGCUGCUAACUGAAAAUGCUAACCUAUCUGAAGGUGUAGAAAAGUUCCAUGGUCAGAUCCAAGAUCUUCAUGUCCUUUUAUCAAGAGUAGAUGAGUUAGAAGCUGAAAAUAAAGAUUUGAAAAAUGCUGCAGAUAAAUUACAAACAGAAGCGGAGAACAUCAGACAGGAAAUAAUAAGAAAAGAUCAGGAACAUAUGGAGAAAUUACAGUUUUUAAAGGAAAGUCAUAAAGAUGAAUUAAAAAACUUGACAGAUCAAAUGACAGCUACAGCUGAUUAUGAGAAGAAUAUUUUACAAGAGAAGAUCAGUAAGAAUGAAAAAGAAAUUCUUGGUUUACAAAUGGAAAAGAGUCAAUUACAAGCUCAAAAAGUGACUGAACUAUCAGACCUAAAAAACGAGAAACUUCAACAUAUGAAGGAUGAGUAUGAAAAGGAAAUUAAAGGAUUAAAGAGAACAAUUGAAGAUUAUCAAAUUGGAAGUCGUCCAUCACCAAGAAGUCGCGAAAGACUGACUCUUACUACUGUAGGAGGAAAGAAGCGAAAGUCAUAA